UUUCUUUUCAACGUCUGAUAAUGCUAUUACAACGCUGAGAAAUAUUACAUAGACGAUUCUACAGCUGUCAAUUUUACCACCAUAUGAGAAUAUACACGUCUGACUGCUUCACUCCGAGAUGCCCUAUGAGAUCCAUGUUUGAUGAUACGCUCCGCACCAUGUUGAAUACCUCUUGUAAUUCAUUUUCUCCAUAAUCUGCAUAAUUUGUAUUUUCUGGAGUUUGAACUUUAAAUUUUAUGGUGUAGAAGCAUUAAUGAACUCUUAUUCAAACCACUGGACUAAGGGGGUUUCAAUGUGUCUUUGGUAAUGUAUAUUUUUAACUUAAAACGAAACAAAUGUCUAAUAGAGUAAACUUAGACCAGCCAAUGAGAGUUGAAGCUUGGAGAGUUUUAUGAGCUUAGUGAAUCUAAUCACUUAGAUCCAUUAACAAAACAUCCAAGUGGUUUUAGCCGUUAGACGGACAUUUAGACAGUUAAACGGUUGAGUUUUAGAUACAAUAAGUCUUUACUAAUGAGUAAUGACGAUUAUGUACGACCUAAAAGUAACUCGAGAACAGCAACAAUUAUUUUAUGCUAUUGGGUCAUGUGACCAGAAUUAAAAUUUUCAGCUCAAGAAUUAAAAACUUCCCUUUUAACUUUAAAUAAUUAAAGAAGGGCUUAUAGAUUGAAAAAGUACCAUGAGUCCAAAGUAGAAAGUUCUUGUCACGACUCUACAUAUAGACCAUAAAUCAGAGAUUCAUCAACAACUUUAAACCUUUGGCUUUCUCUCUUCUCUUUUCUCUCACGACCCCAGAAAACAAUGGAAGACACAGCACUGACAAAAGAUCAGAUCAUCGAGAUCAAAGAGGUCUUUUGUCUCUUGGACAAAGACGGCGACGUAACAGGUCGUAUAACGGUAGAAGAACUUUUAACAGUGAUCCGUUGGUUGGAUCAGAAUCCAACAGAACAAGAACUUCACGAUAUCAUCACUGAGAUCGACUCCGAUAGUAAUGCCACCAUUGAAUUUGCUGAGUUUCUUAACCUCAUGACCAACAAACUUCAGGAAAAUGAUGCAGAAGAAGAGCUGAAAGAAGUAUUCAAAGUCUUUGACAAAGACCAAAAUGGUUAUAUCUCUGCCAGUGAGUUGAGUCAUGUAAUGAUAAAUCUAGGGGAAAAGCUAACAGAUGAAGAAGUUGAACAAAUGAUAAAGGAGGCAGAUUUGGAUGGUGAUGGCCAAGUCAACUAUGAUGAAUUUGUCAAGAUGAUGAUCAACAUUGGCUAAUUUACUAUUAUUUUGGAGACUUACAAACCAAAUUAUCCUUAAUUGUCUUGUUAGUUUUUGCUCCUUUGUCUUCACUACAUCUCAACAAAUGCAAAUUUUCUGAAAUUCUUUGAAGCUUUCAGCUUCAGUUUUGUUUUGUCUAUUGUCGAAGCUUAGAGGUGCAGUUUAAUCUCUGUAGCUUUGUUUAUUACACUUUUGAAACACAAUUUGAAUUUCUUU